AUGGCUCAAUUCUGCUCGGAAAACCGAGAUAUCGCGUGCUAUCUGGUGACGAAGCACUCGUGGAAGGGGAAAUACAAACGGGUAUUCUCAAUCGGAACACUCGCUAUCACCACCUACAACCCGACAUCCCUAGAAAUCACGAAUCAAUGGCUGUACGAAGAUUUCAUUUCAGUGAAACCGUUGACUCGAAAUGUCUCAAUGAAUGAUUCGAAACAAGACGAAUAUAAGAUUCAUGUGAGAAAUCGAGGAAAAAAGGACGAUAUGAGAUUCUCAUCUGAUUACACAACGGAUAUUCUCACUCAUUGCCUUCAAUUCUCCACCAAAUUCGCUGAUAAAAAUUUCGAUCCGUUGACGGUGAACGCAUUCAAACAGUCAUGGAGUGAACGGAGAAUUCCCGUCACUUUGAGAGCAAACGCCUCUUGUCUCGAACAAAUCGAUGGGCGGGGCGUCGUUGUGCAGAGUUAUCCGUAUAAGAAUAUCAGAAGUAUUGGAAGAGUCAAUGAUUGUCCCGGUGGAUUUGUGGUGGAUGUUGGAGAGCAUAGGAGACGGCACAUGUUCGCUUCCUCGAACACUGACGAACUCAUCAAAGAAGUGCGUCGUUUAUCGAUUGAAAAUAUCGGAGUGACGAUUGCAAUCGCGAAAGAGUCGUUAUCACUCGAAGACUUUAUGAAGACCCGCUUGGGAUUGUGUAGUCGUGACGAAGAGUUGACGUCGUACGCUGAAUUCAAAGUGUCCAAAAUAACACGACGAGUCGAACAACCCGUGAGACGGUUGCUCUGUUUGAGUGAAACAUGUAUUAUUGAGAGAGAUUUGGCAACGUAUGCAGUCAUUUGUGCGACACCACUGAAACAUAUCAUCUGUCUGGUUCGAAGCGAGAAAGACCCUCAGCAAUUCAUUGUUGAAUACGAGAAUGGAGAUGGACGUGCGUACGUGACGGCUGAAAGAGAUCUCAUUCUCGCCUCGCUUCUCGACGGAAUCCGUGCGUCUGGAAAUCAAGAAGUAUUCGUUUGUGGACAUCGAUUCGAACGAAAUCUCCGAGUCAUUCCAUUCUCAACGUCGUUGGAUGAGGACGCCGAGUCUCAAUGCAUGAAACAUAUCAUCGCACCGCCUCCGGGUCUCCGUCGAUGUGACCUCAUCCGCCGAUUCAACGCCAACGUACCGUAUUCGGGUCUUCGAUUCUCGAAAUCUCACGAGGGAUUCUUCUCGGAGAAUAAGGGAAAAGUGAUUGUGAAUGCGAUUGAAGCGGUUCUCGGAGAGAAUUAUACGAAGGACGAUAAAGAGUUCAAACAUAAGACGGAAGCUCAAUUUCAGUGUUUGAGACGACUUUUCGCUUCGAAAAGUGGAUUUCAGGCAUUCACAGAAGUGACAGGAGUGCGUGAGAAGCUCGGAAGUCUCGUCGUCCGCGUCCUCUCGUGGAAAUCCGAAUCAAUCGAUCAUUCGACUGUGGAAGCACUCUGCGCUCUAAUGUAUCCGAUGCAUGAUCAAUACGAGUUGAGAAUCGAACAGUUGAAUAAGCAAAGUCUGAUGAGUAGUCCGAAAUUUGUGGAAAACUUGUUGGAUUUGAUUGUGUUGCAUGUGGACCGCUCAACGGGUUGGCUCGUGAUCGCCUCAAUGCUCAACUUCCUGACAUUCUCCGUGUGCUCGCCAUACUCUGAAACCACUUCCGGCGAGACAUUCGAUCACAUUCUGAAACUGGUCGCCAUCCGCGGCCGAAGUUUCUUCCGUCUCUUCCAAUGUCCAUCGAUGACAAUUGUGAAGGGAGCGGGAAUGGUGAUGAGAGCAAUUAUCGAGGAAGCGGAUGUGGAGACGUCGAAAUCGAUGCAAAUGUUGGCACUGUCAGAAGGCGCCUUUUUGACUCAUCUCCACACGGCACUACUGACGGUUGGCAAAGAUUUGAGACGAUUGACGAAUAAACAGCUAUCCGGACACUUGAUAAGUCUAUGGAUUGCUGAUAAUCAACAGGCGAACGACUUGUUGAUUAGAUGUCUGCCACGUGGAUUGUUGAAUUAUAUGGAGUCGGACGAGAAGGUUCCUGUGAGUGAGAAGGAUUUGCUCAUUGUUAGGAAUAAUUUGACGGCGGCGACGAACGAGUCGAAACAGAAUGCGGUUAAGGAGAAAUUCGAUCAAUUGAGGUAA